AUGAUCAGAUCUAAGCUAUCAUCCCUUCGUGAAUACCUCACUCCAAUCAAUCACAACUCGAAUUUCCUCACCACGGGAGAGAUUAGUCCAGAAGAAUUUGUAAAAGCCGGCGAUUAUCUAGUGUACAAGUUCCCCACAUGGCAAUGGGGCACAUGUCCCAAGAAUCUACAAAAGCUGUUUUUGCCAGCUGACAAGCAAGUAUUGGUUACCAAACAUGUUCCCAGCCAUGUGAGAGCUUCCAACUUUGAAGGAGAAUUGGAAGAUGACGAUGAGGAGGUUGUUGUGAGUACUGCUGGCAACGAGGAUGGCGAAGAUGGACCUAAGGAAGUAACCGAAGACGAUGAGGAGUAUGGCUUGAUCAAGUCAAACAAGUCUACGGGAAAGGCAAGUGGACAGACCCAGUUUAACAACACCAAGGAGGAAAUUGGCGACAUUGAUGAUUUAAUAGACAAUGAUGCCGAAGAGGCUGAUGAAUUGGAUCAAGAUUUCGACGAUUUGGACAUAGUGUAUGACUCAAAUCAUAAGCUCAGAAAGUAUGACCUAUACAUAACAUACUCGACCUCGUAUCGAGUGCCCAAAAUGUAUCUCGUUGGUUUUGAUUCCAAUGGUAUCCCACUAUUGCCCAAGCAAAUGUAUGAGGAUAUAAAUUCCGAUUAUAAAGACAAGACUGUCACUAUUGAAAACCUACCAGUUGCCUCCAACACUACGUCGAUCUCGAUACACCCUUGUAAGCAUUCCUCCGUGAUGAAGGUUCUUAUGAGCCAUCAAUCGAGAAGAAAGAAAGAGAAACCAGUCGAGGAAGAUUUGCUGAAUUUAUCGAUUGAAGAUAUAGAAUCAGAGGCUGAAGGGAUUAGAGUUGAUCAAUAUUUGGUUGUUUUCCUCAAGUUCAUCGCUAGUGUAACUCCUGGUAUUGAGUAUGACUACACAAUGGAUGCUUUGUAG